CUCCGGGUUUGGGAAGUCGUUUUGUGGUGGAAAUUGCUCUACAAAUCAAAAUAAUCGAACAGGCGAAGGAAUUUGAAAACGGUUGAUAGACCCAUCCCCAUUUGGUCGGUUUUUGUAGCCGAGACCAUAUAAACUGGGAGCUGUGGGAUACGUCGCGGCGAUUGAAUAAUCAUACGGACAGGCUUCCAGCAGGAUGAGUGAAAAGCCUAAAGAUCCCGCACCCGGAGACGGUAUCCGCUCCAUGCGUUCUACGAACGUUUUCCGAGCUAUUAAUUUCGAACUUUAUGCUAAACCCAAUGUCGUUGUGAUGGGAAUCGGACUCGUUUGUCUCGGUAUCACGUUCGGCUACAUUGCGUACAUGCGAUCAAAGUACGAAGGUUUAGGAUACUACACAGCGGUGCAGGAAGACGGAAAGGAAGUGUUUGUAAAGCGGAAAUCCAAAUGGGAAUAAACAACCGGGAACGGUGUUAAGA